AUGAUUACCAGAAGAUUAUCAGCUGUACAAUUGACUAGAAGGUAUUUAUCCCACGAGUUGAAAGAAAAGAACAAGAGGUUUAUUCAGACUAUACCUUCGAGUACAGGAUCCAGCUCAGAUUCGUUUUACAAUUUUCAACAUGAUCAAACUAGAGAACCUAAAAUGAUUGAUAGAAAUGCUGGUUCAAAAUGGGCAAAACACUCAUUAGGAUUCCCAUCUCAACCAAUUAGUCCGCCAAAGGAAGCAAAAGGAGAACCACAAUCAUCUAAAGCACCAGUAAGGAGGCUGAGGACGUCGAGGUUCAAAACGACAAACAACCUUUCUUCUGUACAGCCUUCAACGUUGAAGACAUCAAACUCAACCUCAUCUCCGAAAACAACACAAUCUUCAGCUGAAUCUUCGCCGUCACAGGUGAUUGAAAUAACGUCAGAUCCAGCAGUUCAAGCAGCAUCAUCCUCAAUACAAAAGACUCCUAAACCAUUGACUACAGAAACGAUACCAAAAACAAACACAGCAACCGCUCCAAAAAAGAAACGUACAUUGCGUCCUCGCAAGGCAUUGAUAACACUAUCUCCAAAUGCAGUAUCGCAUUUGCAAGCAUUGUUGGAUCAACCAGAACCGAAAUUGAUCAGAAUUGGAGUUAGAAAUAGAGGAUGUAGUGGGUUAACUUAUAAUUUGGAGUAUGUGGAUAAGCCAGGCAAAUUUGACGAAACUGUUGAACAGGAUGGUGUCAAGGUACUUAUAGAUUCGAAAGCACUCUUUUCCAUUGUUGGUUCAGAAAUGGAUUGGUUAGAUGAUAAAUUAAGUUCCAGAUUUAUUUUCAAAAACCCAAACUCAAAAGGUACUUGCGGCUGUGGUGAGUCUUUUAUGGUAUAG